AUGGCAUCCCGCAGCGUCCUGGCUAUCGCCGCCGUAGUUCUCUUCUUCAACUUUGUUUUAGCAAAUCCGCUCCCGCUCUUCGACGACUCACCGGCCGCCCGAACUCUUUGGUCACGUGGAGACAAUGACCCUUUGCGCGGAAAAUACGGGUUCAUGGUACUGACCAUCCCGCCGUCCGACACCACCGAAACCCAAGUCGCCACCACCGCAGGAGGUGGAGGACUCGGGGCCUUUGCGGUUUUGAAUCAGGACGGGAGCAUUUUUCUAGCGGUCCAGGUGAACCAGGAUUACGUAUCGGAUGAGUUCGACGGUCUUCGUGGUUACAGAAUCACAGUACUAUGUCACGAGACUACCAUCAUUUUCGAGCAACCCCAUGAUCUGCUCUUACACGACAGACGCGCGCUCUGGGCAAGAGUCUCUGAGCAAGAGCUGAACUGGUGGAGGGAAAUAUACGAAACCAACGAGGACAGUGAUAUCGACAUCACUAUUUGGUGGAUGAAAGACAUCGCAAGACAAAACGAUUGA